AAGAAAGAAAACGAAAGAAACAAGUUUUAAGAGUCUUCCCUUACCCCUCAGGCCCUCACGUAACGCUGCUGCUAGACUUGUGUCAAAGGGACCAAACCCGAAUGGCCAAAACCCAGAUUAUAUUCGAUUUCAAACCAGAGAAGCUUCGCCCUACGCGCUUGCCCAACCCCAUAGACCUUUCGAUGUUGAAAGAGGAAAACCUCUGCCCUACCAUUAUACCCCAAGAUAACUCUUAACUUUCCGUGUUUUUCCUUGGGCAACUCUCGAACAACCUUUUCUUUUAAGAGAAUAAAGAAAAUCUAUAAACUGAUAAACAUGAUUCCUUAAAAACGCACCCAAACUCUUUAUCUUUUUUUUGUUUGAUUUAUUUCAAUUUUUUUUCUUUCCCUCUUGGUUUCUUUUUCUUUUUUCUCCCCUGAAAAACAGAAAAUUAGACCGAGAGAGAAAGACACAAAGACUCUCUUUUUGAUUGAUGGGUAUUCUUUCAAAUCUAAGAGGAUCACGAACCCAACAAGGGUUGCCCUUAACUGAUGGGUCGCCACCUUCUGCAUCUGUUUCCAACAAGAAAAAAUGGUCAAACUUGAUGCCUUUAGUUGUGGCCCUUGUGGUCAUAGCUGAAGUUGCGUUUCUUUGUCGUCUUGACAUGGCAAACAACGCUGCCUUUUUCGAUUCAUGGCCUGAGAUGUUCUAUAAAUCUCAUCCUUCUGGUGAAGUACAGGUUUAUAGCGUUGAAAAUAUUGGGAUUGAAGCUUUGGGUGGUGACCAGAACUCCGUUACAGAGAGCUGUGAGGAGUGGCUCGAGAGAGAAGAUGCCGUGGUUUAUUCAAGAGAUUUUGGCAAGGAUCCCAUCUGGGUUUCUGGUGCUGAGCAGGAGUGGAAAACUUGUGCUGUGAGUUGUAAGUUUGGGUAUGAUCCCAGUAAGAAAAUUGAUGCUGCCUUUGGUUUGCCUCAACCACGUGGAGUAGCUAGUGUGCUGCGCUCAAUGGAAUCAGCUUCAUAUUAUUCAGAGAAUAAUAUUGCUCAGGCACGAGGGAGGGGUUAUAAUAUUGUAAUGACAACUAGCCUCUCAUCAGAUGUUCCUGUUGGAUAUUUUUCAUGGGCUGAGUAUGAUAUCAUGGCACCAGUGAUGCCAAAGACUGAGACUGCUUUUGCAGCUGCUUUCAUUUCUAACUGUGGUGCCCGCAACUUUCGUUUGGAAGCUCUUGUUGGGCUUGAAAAAGCUAAUAUCAAGAUAGAUUCUUAUGGUGGUUGCCAUAGAAAUCAUGAUGGAAGAGUGGACAAAGUGGAAGCUCUGAAACGCUACAAGUUUAGCUUGACUUUUGAAAACUCCAAUGAGGAGGAUUAUGUCACUGAAAAAUUUUUCCAGUCUCUUGUUGCAGGAACUGUACCUGUGGUGGUUGGUGCACCAAAUAUUGAAGAUUUUGCUCCUUCUCCUGGUUCAAUUUUACAUAUUAAGGAAUUGGAGGAUGUUCAGUCAGUUGCAAAAAGAAUGAAGUACCUUGCAGAAAACCCUGAUGCAUACAAUCAAUCAUUAAGGUGGAAGUAUGAAGGCCCAUCUGAUUCUUUCAAGGCCCUUGUGGAUAUGGCGGCGGUUCAUUCAUCAUGCCGUCUGUGCAUUCACUUGGCAACAGACAUCCGGGAGAAAGAAGAAAAGAGCUCUGACUUCAAGAAACGCCCCUGCAAGUGUACCAGAGGAUCAGAAACCGUGUAUCAUUUAUAUGUAAGAGAGCGAGGGGGGUUUGAGAUGGAUUCUAUUUUCUUGAGGUCUGGCAAUUUGACUCUAGAAGCCUUGGAGGCUUCAGUGCUUAUGAAGUUCAAGUAUCUGAAACACGUGCCUGUUUGGAAGGAUGAAAGACCAGAAAGCAUAAGAGGAGGGGAUGAACUAAAAGUAUACAGAAUAUAUCCUGUUGGGUUGACACAGAGACAGGCUUUAUAUACCUUCAAGUUCAAAGGGGAUGCUGAUCUUAGGAGUUAUAUUGAAAACAACCCUUGUGCUAAGUUUGAAGUCAUAUUUGUCUAGAUUGAUGGUUCCAUUAUCUCAACUUUAAGCACGGAAUGGAUUCCCAAUUGCAGCACUAUUUGCUGAAAUUAUUUCCUGGGAGGUCAAGGCAACCUCAUGUGGGUUAUUGCUUUCACUUUCAUCAAAUGCUUCUUGUAAGAAUCCCAUGAUUUUUUUUACAUCAAUGAGCUGCUAGGUUUAUGGGGAAGAACGUGGUUAAAAGUUACUAAUGGCUCAAUUAGUGUUAGCUCACGUCAGAAUGCAUCUGAUAUCUGACCCUUUGAGUUUAGCUUCACAAUUCUUCCAAGCAUGCUUAUGUUAUUGGAUAAAGUAUUUUUACUUCAGGUGUGUUACAGGGUCAUUGUGUAUAUGGUACUUGUUCCUGCACAAUAUUUUGCAGAAUAAUACCUAGUUUGAAUACUUAAUGAUGGAACAAAUCUGGCUUUGUCGUUUGCAUCUUUCCUU